UUAACAGGAAAAGGUAGAAACGAACGUCUACUCUACUUCAGCACCAUAUCACUUUAAUUUUGGAGACGUUUGAAGACGUCAGAAGUAAGACCAUGGCUGAUCAAAGAGUAGAAGAUUUACCAAUUGAUAUUCAUUAUAACAAACUUUUAGAUUGGUUGAUCAAUAGAAGACAUUGUAAUAAUAAAUGGCAAGGUGAAGCUAUGAAGAUUAAAGAGAAACUUAAUAAAACAGUAAAAGAUAUACCAGAUGAUGAUGCUGAAAUAUCAGAUUUAAUAACUGACCAGAAUAUGAAUUACUUUCAUUGUUUAAAAAUUGUUGAGAAGUUGAAGUCAACUGACUCUGGUAAAACCAAUUUUUUGGGUCAAUAUUCAUCUAAGAAAAUGCAGGACUGGGCAAGUAUUAUAAAGAUGUAUGAGAAAGAUGGUAUAUAUUUAGCUGAAUGUGCACAGAUACUGUCUAGAAAUGUCAAUUAUGAAAUUCCUGCUUUAAAGAAACAGAUAGGUAAAUGUCAUCAAAUACAAGAGGAGAGUAAGCGUAAAGAAAGAGAUUACUUUAACAAUUCAGUUAAUCAGAAGAAGAACUAUGAAGCCUCCUGUAAGAAGAUGGGAAUUGAGGGAAAGAAGAUAAAAACAGAGUUAGCUGCUCUUGUUCGUGAUUUACCAAGUGAAUUAAAUAUCAUAGCUAAAGAAUGUCAGAAGUUAGAUUCUACUAUAUCAUAUUAUGAUGAUUUUAUUAGUCAUAUUAUGAGCAGGGAUGAUUUAAGUAAAGACUCUCUCCAAGCUUUAAAACAUGUAAUAAAGAAAGGUAAUACCACUACAUAUGAAUGGAAGAUGGGUAAAAAACCUGUACAUAUAGAUGAAACAUCUAUACUGAUUGAUACCUCAGAUGAAAAUGAUACAGCUGAUAAUACAGAAGAUAUUGAUUGGGGAGGUGAUGUGGAAGUAUCUACAGUAGAUAUAGAUUUUAGUGAUCAGAUAGAUUUUGGUGAUAUAGAUAUAACUGUUGAGAGUGGUGGUGAUGAAACUAGUAAUAAUCAAGAUGAAGGAGGUGAUAUUAAUUGGGAUAUAGAUACUACUACAGAUAUAACAUCUAAUGAUUCUUCAUCAGAUGGAGUAGCAAGUGGUGAAAAUGCUUUAAGUAUAUUAGAGAAUCCUGCUACUAGAAAUCUCUUUUUAGAUGAUUUAUUUGAGUUGGAAGCAUUUUUAUGUCAAAGACUAGAAGAAUUACAGGGUGAUUCUUCUGUAUUAUCUGAUAAUCAAUUUCAAUCAUCACCAGAAUCCAUACAGUUAGACGCCUCACAAGUUUCAACUUUAUUGUCUAAUGUUAAUAAUAUUUUAACACAAUUAACUAAUAUGAGAAUACAACAAUUAUUAUUAAUACGUAAUUCACCAAGAUAUGUAAAUCGUGUUCAUGAUAAUUUAAAACAGAUUUUAUUACUGGCUGACAAAAUGACCUAUUUAGAAAAACAAGCAGUAAUUAGAAGGAAUGAAGCUUUGGAAGAACAGCAAGAGGUGGAACCUAAAUUAGACACUUUAAUAAAAAGGACCAAACAAUUACAAAAACAGUUAGAGGGAGAGAUAUCUAAGAAAUAUAAAGAGAGAAAGGUCAAUAUUAUGGGAGAUAUUAAUACUAUUUAAUUUAUUAUGUUAUAAUUGAUGGGGAAGGGAAUUGUUUUAUUUUGUACAGUAUUCUUAUCAAAAUAGAUCUAUAUUACUGUUU